AUGGACCGUCCGUUCGUCGCCGCCGCGCACCUCGCCUCCGCGCAUCCUGUCUCCGCCCCAUGUGCUCCCGCCGCCGCUCUCCUCCGCCACGAGCACACUCUUGCCUGCCCGCUCCCGCCGUCCACCUCCGCCUUUUCUCCCCCUUCCGUCGCACGCGGCGUCGCCAGACGAACUUUAUCCUAUCGCAGCCGUCGCACGGCGACUGUCACGGCGACCGCGGGCUACGCGGCAGCGAGCAGCAGCGACGAGAGCGAGAGCGGAGGGAGCUCGGGGCGGCGCGCGGCGAUCGACGUGGAGGGGCUGAGCCUGAGCCUGGGGCGCGCGCAGGUGCUGCGAGAAUGCAGCCUGCGUGUGCCCGAAGGGCAGCUGUGGAUGCUACUGGGACCCAACGGGUGUGGCAAGUCAACGCUGCUCAAGGUACUAGCGGGGCUGCUGCAGCCCAACAGUGGGCGGCUGAGAGUGGACGCACCUCGCUCCUUCGUCUUCCAGAACCCCGACCACCAGGUCAUCAUGCCAACUGUGAAUGCUGACGUGGCGUUCGGGCUGGGUCGGCUGAACCCGCCGCUGCCAGAGGAGGAGGUGCAGCGGCGCGUGGCAGAGGCCCUGGAGGCCGUUGGCAUGGCGGAGUAUGGGCAGCGCCUGGUGUCGACGCUGAGUGGGGGGCAGAAGCAGCGGGUGGCAAUUGCCGGGGCACUGGCGGAGGAUUCACACACGCUGCUGCUGGACGAGCUCACCACCUUCCUUGACUCCGCUGACCAG